AUGUCAGCCAUGAAAGGGAUCUGGAAACGCAUUCAUUUACAGAUUGAGCCACUGCAACGAUCGUCCCAUUGCCUGUCGGUCGUGGGAGACAACACUGCAUGCGUUUUUGGUGGGGAACUCGAACCGCGUAAACCGCGGGACAAUGUGGUCUACUUGAUCGAUCUAGCGGACGCCACCGACAGCAGCACUGCUGCUGCUGCCGCUGCUGCUAAUACUAUCCACGGUGGUGUCGAAGCGGUCAGCAGCACAAAUGGCUCCUCCCCAAGCCCUCGAGUAGGCGCCGCCUCUACCAGCCUCGGUGGGAGAUUUUACUGUUUCGGCGGUCGAGGCGGAGUUUCCAUGACUUGCCUACAAUCCAAUGGAUCAUUCGACGUUUUCGACAAGUCCACUUCUUCGUGGUCAGUUAUGAAUCCCGCCAAUUCCCAUUGUGGUGGUGGGGGUGGCGGAGGAGGAGGAGGAGGAGGAGGAGACCACCCGUGUCCUGAAGACCGCUCGUACCACUCCAUGACCUCGGACAAUGUCGACAAGAUUUAUCUGCACGCCGGAUGUCCUGCCCAAGGUAGAUUGAACGAUUUGUGGGAAUUCGACACGACCACGCUGAAAUGGAGACAACUUCCAUCGGCACCUGGUGGUGGUGGUGGUGGUCGAGGGGGAGCGAGUAUCGCGUAUUCCUCCACCAAGGGCAAGCGCAAGCUGUACCGUGUCAACGGGUUUGACGGUCAGGUCGAGCAAGGCGGCGCCGUCGACGUUUACGAUGUCGAUGACGCGACCUGGUCCAGUGUCGAAUACAAACCCGACGGCGUGGAAGGCCCCGAGCCGAGGAGCGUGGCGACCCUCGUCCCCGUCAGGACCGCCGCCUCGGGCGGUGGUGAGCUGUUGGUGACAAUGUUCGGUGAAGGGUCGCCCAGUGACCUGGGCCAUGCCGGGGCCGGCCGCAUGUUUUCCGACGUCUGGGCGUUCGACACGACCACCGGAAAGUGGUGCCGUGUGGAAUGCCCGCCGGGGGAGCCCGCUCCGGCCGGUCGAGGUUGGUUCGACGCCGAUGUUUGGCCCGGUGGUGAAGGUGAGAAGGAGGGGGACCGAGUCGUGAUCCACGGAGGUUUACACGACAGCAAUCGACGACUGGACGACAUGUGGGUACUGCAAAUACUCUGACCUCGCACGUUGAUACACG